UCGAAUUUUCACCAAGUAGCACAAACAUUUGACUCUUAAUAUUAAGCGCCACUCGACAAAACUGAGCCUUUCGCAAAAAUGGUAUAAAAAAACUGAAAACUUGUACAAAUCAUUCAAAUCCAUUUUCAAAAAAAUAAGAAAAGCACACACAAUCCAGCAGGGCAGCAAACAACAAUAUCAAGUUUCCCCAAUCCCCUGAGAAAAACAAAAAAGAAAAAAUUUGAAAAAAAAGUUUGUGGUUCUUUUUAUCCCCGGACAUUGUUCUUAGUUUUGUAUUCGCCAGAAAAAGUCGACAAAAAAUGAUUUUGAAAAAUAUGCAUUUAUUUAUUGGUUAAUGUUAACGUUUUUUAAAAAAAAAGAAAACCAAUCCAAAAUUAAAAAAAGAAACUGAGAAAACCCAAGCAAAAUUACAUAAGCAAUUUACUUUCUAAACGGGAGCUCGGUAACCUCCUUUCCACGGUAAAACUAAAACACAAAGAAAAAAGCAAAAACGCCUAAAACCUUAAGCCAAAUCGCACACAAUUCGCAAAAAUAUAAGAAAAAGAAAAAAUCUUUUAAAUUUUAUAAAAACAAAACCUGCAAAGAUGAAAUCCUACAUCUCCUACAAAGAUAUUUGGAAAAUGCAAAGAUGUUGAGGAUCUGAGACCAGGAGCCUUAACACUGUCCCCGCCGCCUUCAUCGCCAUAGCUGACACUUAGAAAAAGGAACAGCAGCAGCAGCCACACCAAGAUAAAUGUAUGUCGUUGUCUAACGUCAAACACAAGUCAAGGGCCAGGACGUGAAACCGAAGAAGGCGAGAAGAAGGAAGUUUUCCAAAAACGGCAGAGACAUUUGUCAAAACGUGGCGUGAGAAAAGAUAAAACCCAGAAAAUAGAAACGAAGCAAAAAAAAAAGAAAGGCGAAACACGGAAAAUUUUUGCAAAAAGAAAAUCAGGUCUCGCGCAACUGACUCGGCUUUGGCUUUGGCUUUACUUGAGUGAGUGCGUGCGUGUGUGUGUCCUCGUUCCGCAAUACAUUCGUUCUGUCGGUCGGUCGUUCGCUCGGUUUGGUCGGUCGUUUGAAUUUCAGUUUCGUUGUUGUCGUUGGUGCAAUACCUAUUAAACUACUGCCCCCCUUUCAUCUCCUGCAAAAAUGACGGAAAAUAAUGUGGGAGAGGAAAACUCAUCCGCAAUGGAUACAAAAAUAAAUGAAUCAAAUACUGAAACUAACCAAAAUGAAAAAUGUGAUGUCGAAACCGUAGAAGAAAACAACGAAAAACCAAAUAAAGAACCCAACUUAUAUUUAUACGAUGAUGACUUGGAGACGAGGCCGCAUAUAUCGACGUUUAUAUCUUCACUCGCCAAUUAUGAGAAUACCAUACCUGCUGCCACCGAUCCAGAUGCUAAGGCACCGGCGCCUUCAGCGCGUAUGGGAACCCUGAUUGGUGUCUUCUUGCCAUGCAUUCAAAAUAUCUUCGGUGUCAUUUUGUUCAUUCGUCUGACAUGGGUUGUUGGUACGGCUGGUGCGGUAUGUGGCUUUCUGAUUGUCCUGACUUGUUGUUGUGUGACUAUGUUAACGGCGAUUUCAAUGUCGGCUAUUGCAACAAAUGGAGUGGUGCCGGCGGGAGGCAGUUAUUUCAUGAUAUCAAGAUCCCUGGGUCCUGAAUUUGGCGGUGCUGUGGGAAUGCUGUUUUAUACGGGUACAACUUUAGCGGCUGCCAUGUACAUUGUGGGUGCUGUUGAAAUUGUCCUGACUUACAUGGCGCCAUGGGCCUCAAUAUUUGGCGACUUCACCAAGGAUGCCGAUGCCAUGUACAACAACUUUCGGGUUUACGGCACUGGACUGCUCUGUUUCAUGGGUUUAAUUGUCUUCCUGGGUGUAAGAUUUGUUAAUAAAUUCGCUGCCGUGGCCUUGGCCUGUGUUAUAUUUUCAAUAAUCGCCGUUUAUGUCGGUAUUUUCGACAACAUAAAUGGCAAUGAAAAGCUUUACAUGUGCGUGCUCGGAAAUCGUCUACUCAAAGAUAUACACAUCGACAAUUGUACCAAAGAAGACACUGUGCUCUCCGAUCUAUUCUGUCCAGAUGGCAAAUGCGAUGAAUACUACAUGACCCACAAUGUGACCAAGGUCAAGGGUAUCAAAGGUUUGUCCAGCGGUGUAUUCUAUGACAAUAUUAUGCCCUCAUUUUUGGAACUUGGACAAUUCAUUGCCUAUGGCAAAAAUGCAACAGACAUUGACAAUAUGGCUCCAUCGACCUACAAUCAAGUUAUGGCUGAUAUUACCACCUCUUUCACCCUGCUCAUUGGCAUCUUCUUCCCCUCAGUAACAGGCAUUAUGGCUGGUUCAAACAGAUCAGGUGACUUGGCCGAUGCCCAAAAGAGCAUACCCAUUGGAACAAUCUGCGCCAUUCUAACCACGAGUUCGGUGUACCUGUCGUGUGUUUUGUUGUUUGCCGGUACCGUGGACAAUCUAUUGCUAAGAGACAAAUUCGGUCAAUCCAUUGGCGGUAAAUUGGUUGUAGCCAACAUUGCUUGGCCAAAUCAAUGGGUCAUCUUGAUCGGUUCAUUCUUAUCCACUCUGGGAGCUGGUCUACAGAGUUUAACUGGUGCCCCGCGUCUGCUGCAGGCCAUAGCCAGAGAUGAGAUUAUACCAUUCCUGGCACCAUUUGCCAAAUCGUCCAAGCGUGGUGAGCCCACACGGGCCCUGUUGUUGACUUUGUGCAUUUGCCAGUGCGGCAUUUUGUUGGGUAACGUUGACUUGUUGGCGCCUUUGUUGUCCAUGUUUUUCCUGAUGUGCUACGGCUUCGUUAACCUGGCCUGUGCUGUACAGACCCUGUUGCGUACACCCAACUGGAGGCCACGUUUCAAGUUCUAUCACUGGUCUCUGUCACUUAUUGGCCUUACAUUGUGUAUCUCCGUUAUGUUCAUGACAUCCUGGUACUUUGCCUUAAUUGCCAUGGGAAUGGCGGUUGUGAUUUAUAAAUACAUUGAAUACCGAGGAGCCGAAAAGGAAUGGGGUGAUGGCAUCCGAGGUAUGGCUCUCACCGCUGCCAGAUAUUCGUUGUUACGUCUGGAUGAGGGUCCCCAGCACACCAAGAACUGGCGUCCACAGAUUUUGGUGCUCUCCAAACUCAAUGACAAUUUCAUGCCCAAAUAUCGCAAAAUGUUUGCCUUUGCCACCCAGCUGAAGGCUGGCAAGGGUCUGACCAUUUGUGUCUCGGUCAUACAGGGUGAUCAUUCGAAGAUCGGCUCACGGGCCGUAGAAGCCAAACAGGCUCUGCGCAAGCUAAUGGACGACGAGAAAGUUAAAGGAUUUUGCGAUGUCUUGGUGGCCAAGGAAAUCGGUGAGGGUAUUAGUUCAGUGGUUCAAACAAUUGGUCUGGGUGGCAUGAAACCCAACACCGUGAUUGUGGGUUGGCCCUACAGCUGGCGCAAGGAUGGCGUGCAAAGUUGGAAGAUCUUCAUACAAACGGUGCGCACUGUCGCCGCCUGUCACAUGGCCUUGUUGGUGCCAAAGGGUAUUAACUUUUUCCCCGAAUCAAAUCACAAGAUUGGAGGCAACAUCGAUAUUUGGUGGAUUGUCCACGAUGGUGGCCUUCUAAUGUUAUUGCCUUUCUUGUUGAAACAACACCGCACUUGGAGAAACUGUAAAUUGCGCAUCUUCACCGUUGCCCAGAUGGAGGACAAUUCCAUACAAAUGAAAAAAGAUUUGAAAACGUUCCUUUAUCAUUUGCGAAUUGAGGCAGAAGUUGAAGUUGUCGAAAUGAUGAACAGUGAUAUAUCAGCUUAUACCUAUGAGCGUACCUUGAUGAUGGAGCAAAGGAAUCAAAUGUUACGUGAAUUACGAUUGAAUCGCACAGAGAAAACCAAAGUUAAACCAACAACUGGGGAGGAUAAAAUACCUUUGGUACAAACAAUAAUCGAUCAUCAUCAUGAAAGUAUGAAAACCUCAUCCAAAGUGCGAUUCGCUGAUCCCACAGUAGAAGAAAAACACGAAAAUGAAUCUAAGGACGAUGAGAACAACAUCAGCAAAGCCUACGAGGCGAAUGGUGACAACCGGCAAAACGAUGACGACGAUGAAGAUUCAAACAACGAUAGCUACGUUGAAAAGAAACCCGAUGAAAUGAACGUUCGUCGGAUGCAUACGGCUGUUAAACUUAACGAAGUUAUUGUAAAUAAAUCACAAGAUGCCCAAUUGGUUAUUAUGAAUUUACCUGGUCCACCCAAGGAAGUUAAUUCAGCUCGUGAAAAUAAUUAUAUGGAAUUUAUGGAAGUUCUGACAGAAGGACUGGAAAAGGUGCUAAUGGUGCGAGGAGGCGGGCGUGAAGUGAUAACUAUUUACUCUUAAGCAGUAAAAACCAAACAAAACAAAUAAAAAAACCAAAAUCCAAAAACAAAACACCACCCCAACAAAAACAAAACAAAAA